UUCAGAAGGUUAGUGAAUUUAUUUUUUCAUGCCCAAAUGAUGAUUUAUUAUAUAUUGGAAAAUAAAAACCUAAUUUAAGGUCGAAAAUGGAAGUUGCAUCGAAAAUUGAUAGCUCCAACAUUCCACUUGAAUGUACUUAAAAGUUUUAUUGAUAAGUUCAAUGCUAAUUCUCAGGCAGUUGUGAAAAAAAUGCGUAGUGAAGGUGACAAAGAAUUUAAUUGCCACGACUAUUUGGGUGAAACAGUUUUUCACUCCCUUUUAGAGACUGUUAUGGGUGUCUCGAAAUCUAGUCAAGGUCCCAGCGGAUACGACUAUGUACUGGCUGUAUUAAGAAUGUGCGAUAUUCUCCACUUGCGUCACACCCGCUUUUGGUUAAGAUCUGACUUGAUCUUCAACUUCACCAAGCACGGAAAAAAUCAAGCUAAAAUGUUAAAUCUCAUUCACAGUCUCUCUAAAAAUGUUAUCCAUCGUAAAAAAAUGGACUAUGAUGCUGGAAAACGGAACUUUAUCGAGACCACAGACAACAAAGACGCUAAAGUGACUAGUGUAAAUGGCUUGUCAUUCGGACAAUCUGCUGGAUUGAGAGAUGAUCUGGAUGUCGAUGAUAAUGAUAUUGCCGAAAAAAAGAGAUUACCGUUUCUGGAUCGGCUGAUGGAAGCAAGUCAAAAAGAAAAUAUUCUAACUGAACAAGAAAUCAGUGAUCAAGUGAAUACUAUCAUGUUUGAGGGGCACGAUACAAUUGUUGUUGCAUCUAGUUUCUUCUUGUCAAUGAUGGGCUGCCAUCCGGACGUUCAAGAAAAUGUCAUUCGAGAAUUGGACGAAAUCUUUGGUGAUAAUGAUAGGCCUUGUUCCUUCCAAGACACUUUGGAGAUGAAAUAUCUCGAGCAAUGCUUGAUGGAGACGUUGCGUCUAUACCCACCAGUUCCAUUUAUUGGGCGUAAUGUUAACACUGACUUGAAAUUAGCAUCUGGAGACUACACUGUUCCUGCUGGUAGUUCAAUUAUUGUGGACACAAUUAUGAUUCACCGCUCACCUAAACUUUACCCGAAUCCAACUACAUUCGACCCGGAUAAUUUCUUGCCGGAAAAGACAAGAAAUCGUCAUUAUUAUGCUUUUAUACCAUUUUCAGCCGGACCGCGAUCGUGUGUUGGUCGAAAGUAUGCAAUAUUGAAGCUGAAAAUUCUUUUGUCAACGAUUAUGAGAAACUUUCGGGUAAGAUCGAAUAUUAAAGAGUGUGACUUUAAGCUCCAAGGUGAUAUAAUUCUCAAGAGAACUGAAGGUUUCAAAGUGAUCCUUGAGUCAAGAAAAUGA